AUGCGUCAACAGAGGGUGCGGGGCGUGAGUUUCAAGGAGGAGUACAUCUGCGCGAUGCGUCGUCGUUCUCGUUUUGAGGCGCAUGCGUUGGGAACGAAGACGGAGAGAACACUUCUUGCACCGAAGGACAGCACGUUGGCAGAUCGAAUAACGGUUGUGUUGGACCUUGAUGAGACCCUUGUGUAUGCACGGGAAGGACCGCUGUACGUGCGCCCCGGUAUAGAAGAACUUCUUCAGUUUUUGGAGGAGAAUUGUGAAACGGUGGUGUGGACGGCGGGAAUGAAACAGUACGCGGAGGCGGUUGUCCGACUUAUUGAUACCAACGGCAGUGUGCACCAUACAAUUGCCCGUGAUAGCACAUGGUUCAGAGGGAGGUCGUGCCGCAAAGAUCUGACACUUCUGGGUAGAGACACGGAGACGACAAUUGUAUUUGAAAACACACCUGACUGCAUCCGCGGAUUUGAGCAAAAUGGAGUUCUUGUAGCUGACUAUGAGGGUGGCGAGCUGGAGGAUCACACACUGUACACUAUAUUGGGACUCUUGAAGGAUCUGGUGCGGCGCAGGAACGAGGAGCACAUCACCGUGCCUGAGUACAUCCGCAGUUCGAACCUUCUUAACCUGCGAGUGGUUCCAACCGACGAUGGGGACGAGAUGUCGUGUUACUGUCUGAAUGCAUAUUGGCCAGAGCUGGAGAUGAAGAUAAGCAAGCCUCUGAAAUGCCGCAAGUUUCUUUACUGCAUCGGCGACCGUCGCAAUAUUGCAGUUCACUAA